AUUUUUCAAAAAAAUAAUUGGGAAAUUCAUUCACUAUAAGUUGACGACACUGCAUAUUGAAGCAGUGACUUUUUCCGGUUCCGUUCUGUCAGCCAUCUUUCUGUGAAAAAAUCUUGAACGAUCAAGAUGUCUUCUCAUUUAGUUUGGAGCAUCAUCCGCAACAACAACGCUUUCCUUGUUAAAAAGCGUAACAUCAGCAAACCUUUCAGCACAGAACCAAACAAUUUGACAAACCUGAACUCAUACAGGUACAAUGGUUUGGUACACAAGAAGUCUGUAGGCAUUGAGGAAGCCCCUGACAAAAAGGGAUUCGUCUGUGUGUACAAAAAGGCUAGCAGACAGAACAAGCCAAGACAAGGCACAGUAAAGAGGACCUUCAAAUCUGGACCAAGGAGGUCUCUGCACAAACUGAAGCAGUUGUUGGAUGCCAACAAGUACCGUACAGAUUUGACCAAGGCCGCCCUUCGUCGUGCCAGUGCUGUUCUUAAGUCCCAAAAACCUCAGCCAGCCAAGAAGGCACCUAAGGCAAAGAAAGCUGAAUAAAUGUUUUGUAUAUGCUAAGGUUCAAUAAUAAAAAAUAUAAAAUCCCA